AUGGAACCAGAUAUAGUGGUUGAAAUGGUUCGAGAAAACAAUGCCAAAGGAAUUAAAACAUCUACCAUUAUUGGAGAUGAUGAUUCAACAACCAUAUCCAGACUGAAGCGUGAAGUGGACCCUCAAAUAGAGAAAUUGUCUGAUAUGAAUCAUGUGAAGAAGAACCUUGCCAACCAUCUAUACACUCUUCAAAAGAUCCAUAGAACUUUGUCUGUCAAGGUAAUCAGAUAUAUACAAAAGUGCUGGAAUUACAUGAUUGCACAGAAUGUAGGUAAUCCUGACGGUGUGUCAGUUGGCCUUGAUGCUAUGUCCAAGCAUCCAUUUGGAGACCAUUCGUCCUGUGGGGAUUGGUGUGCCCAUAUAAAAAAUCCCAAUACAAAGUUUAAAUCACUGCCAUAUGGAAAGUGCCUAACUGAUCAAGGAUUACAGACUUCCUUAUCAGAAUUAUUUAGCAGAUAUAAAGAUCAUUGUCAGAAGUUAGCUGAAAUGGGGUCCACACAAGCCAAUGAGUCUCUGAAUAUGACCAUUUCCUCCAAAGCACCAAAGAGAUAUCACUUCAGUGGGUCAGCCAGCCUGAACUAUCGUGUGGCAGCAGGAGUGGCACAAAAGAACAUUGGACAUGGUUACAUAACAAAGUUCACCAUGUUAAAUGUCAAGGUCAGAACUUCAGAACUACAUUUACUUUUCAAUCAACAGGUGAAUACAAGAACUGGACUCUCUCCAGGUGUAUAUACACAUAAGAUAUCCCUUCUAAGGGACUUGCAACACAGAAAAAGAAAAGCCAUUGCCAAUACCAGACAAGCCAAAAGAAAAAGGAUUGAACUGAAAGCUCGCAAAUUACAGAGCAAUGCAUUACAUGAAAAGAGAGAGGGAACAACAUACUCUUCCGAAGUUGGUUUGGUGGAGCAGAUCCCUUCUCCUCGCUAUAUGCCAUCAAGGGAUCCAGUGGAAUUUAGCCCAGAAACACAUAUCCCUGCUUAUUUUGACUUGGAAACAACUGGCCUAGGACGAACUUCACAUAUCACCCAGAUGGCUGCAGUAGUGGGAAAAGAGGAAUUCAGCUGCUUUGUUUUUCCAAGGGAACAAAUAUCAAAAGAAGCAUCAAGAUUAACAGGUAUCACCAUAAAGAAUGGGAAAAUGUACCACCUAAACAAGGAAGUAGAAGCCAAGACCAUUUCUGUUGCUGUACAAAGCUUACUUAAUUUUCUUUCCAAAUUUGAAAAGAAAGUAUUGAUUGUUGGACAUAAUGUACAACUAUUUGACUGUCCUGUAUUUCUGAAUUCUUUGUAUUCCUGUAAUAGAAUCAAAGAUGCAUCAGAAAUUGUUGAUGGAUUCCUGGACACUUUAUCAUUGUUCAAAUUAAUCAAACCAGGUUUGUCGUCAUAUAGGCAGGAAUAUUUGUGUAAUUCCUUGAUCAGCUUGUCAUAUGAUGCACAUGAUGCAAGAGGUGAUGUUGUUGCACUUCAAAAACUCGUGGAACAGCAAGGUGUGAGAUUCGAUAGUACAGAAGCCAAAUCAUCCUCUUUCACAUUCCAGUAUGCCAUUGAUUCCCAUGCAUAUUCCAAGGAAGUAAAUGCCAAUUUACCAUCCCUGCAAAUUCUGAUCAGUCAGAAAGUUAUCAGUGUCGGAAUGGCAAAGAAGAUUGCUGGAAGUGGACUGAAAUACGAACAUCUCCUCCAAGCUUUCAAAAGAAAUCAAACAGAGGGUUUAUUUGACUUGUGCCAAGAACAAUAUAAAUCGUCUGUCCGUGUGACAAAGUCAAAAAAAGUCAUUGAAAAAAUGAUCAACUAUUUUGCUAAAUUAAGUGAAAGUUGA